AUUGAAUAAACUAAUUGCCCUGUGCAUCAUUAUUUUAAUGUAUUUGCACUUUACUCGAACGUUGCAUCGCGAAUAAUAAUAAAUUUAAAUCGCUCACAACCGAAAAUCGGUAAGCAAUUUGCAUUUAAAAUGCGAUAAUAUUUUAAUAUUUCGAGUAAUACGUAAAUUUUUGCAUUCAACGAAAUGCUCAACCUAUGUACACUCGUUUUUUGCGCAGCGAUUUUUGUAAACAUUUCCCAUGUUUACGCUGGUGAAUGCGAAAUUUUCAAUCGACGUACUGAAUGCUGCACAAAAGGUUUAAAAAGAAACAUUUGCGUCAAUUUUACUAUAACCGAUAUAGAAAAACAUGAGUUAAAGGCAGUAUUAGAAUUUGACAACAAAACCAUAUCAAACAAAAUAACAAAAUCAUAUUCUUUUAAUAUGUGCAUACCCAGGACAAAAAUCUGCUUGAAGUACAACGAAAUCGAGAAAAAUACAACGUUUUGGUGUAUGAUGGUUUACAAUAAAUAUAACGAAUACGAAGUCUACUACCACCUACCAUGUCUAAAAGAAAAUGGUGAGGAAUUCUAUCAAAAACCGAAUUUUUACAUACACAACAAUUUUCUGUGGGAUAUUAUUGCACCGGAAAUGUUCGAUGAAAAAGGCAACGUAAAAAAUGAUACCAUUUUGAAAGAUAGUGUUAGUUUUUUUGAAGGCUCUGCUACUGAUGUUCAAAAUCCAACUUUAACUACAAUAUUGUAUACCACCACAGAUAUAAAUUUAAAUAAUAAUAUUGAUGACUCCACUGCCCUAGGUCUUAAUGGUAACGCUUCUACUUUCAACAAGUUUUUCACAAAUUUUUUACUUUUUUCUAUAACCUUUUUACUUAUCUUAUAGAAGACAUUUUUGAAUAAAAUGAUUGGAAA